CCUAAAUUUUGACUAGGAGGGUAUUGAGCAACGCAGCGUCGCGGAUCAUGGGUGGUAACGGCGUCGUUGGGCGCUCAAUUGCUUCCUCCCUUCGCCUCCGCGCCGGCGAGGGUCUUCCCGUCGGCAAAUACAUCGUCCCUGACAAGCCCCUUCCUGUGAAUGACCAGCUGGUUUGGGAAAACGGGACCCCAUUCUCCGAGCCUUGUAUAGAUCGCAUUGCUGAUUCGGUUGGGAAGGUCUUGGUGAAGGAUGUCAAAAGCAAAGCUGCCUAUCUCUGUACUGCUAUUAGUGGUUGUGCAAGAACACUGAACUGGAACUUGGGUCUGCAAAUUCAUGCUCAUGUAGUUCGAAGUGGUUAUGAAGAUAGUCUGUUUUUGAGCAGUGCGCUGGUUGAUUUUUAUGCGAAGUGUGACGAGAUUGUGAAUGCAUGGAAAAUUUUUAGUUGCAUGAAAAGGCAUGAUCAAGUAUCGUGGACGUCAAUCAUAUCUGGGCUUUCUCGUAUGGGGCAGGGAAAGGAAGCUAUUUGGAUGUUUAAAGAAAUGUUGGAUUCCAAUAGCAAACCUAAUUGUUUAACCUACGUCAGUGUUAUCAGUGCAUGUAAGGGAGUGGAAGAAACAUUUGAUCAGGGGACAAUGCUCCAUGCACAUGUUUUGAAACUUGGGUUCAACAAUAACAGUUUUGUAGUAAGCUCUUUAAUCAAUUGCUAUGCAAAAUGCGGAAGACCAUAUCAAGCUGUGUUGCUAUUUGAUGAGGCUACAGUGAGGGAUACUAUUUUAUUCAAUUCUAUGAUUGCAGCAUACUCUUUAAACCUAUACGGCGAAGAGGCCUUAAAACUAUUUAUUCGAAUGAGGAAUGAGGAUGCAAGUCCAAGUGAUCAUACUUUAACGAACGUUUUGAAUGCUUGCGGGAGCCUGACAUUACUGCAUCAAGGUAGACAGGUGCAUUCUCUGGUCACUAAAUUGUGUUCAGAGAAGAGUGUAUUCUUAACUAGUGCUCUGAUAGAUAUGUACUCAAAAUGUGGCAGCAUUGGUGAUGCUCGUUUUCUUUUUGAUGAGACCCUUGAGAAGAAUGAUGUGGUGUGGACUUCAAUGAUUCUGGGUUAUGCUCAGAGUGGGAAAGGGGCAGAUGCACUGGAACUCUUUGAGCGUUUUGAGAUUCUUGAUGGUAACAAGCUGGACCAUAUUUGUUUUACUGCCGUAUUGACUGCGUGCAAUCAUGCUGGUUUUGUUGACAAAGGGAUAGAAUAUUUCAACAAAAUGAGGGACUAUGGACUGGUUCCUCAACUCGACCAAUUUGCUUGCCUGAUUGACCUCUAUGCAAGAAACGGACACCUUAGAAAGGCAAAGGAGUUGAUGGAGGAAAUGCCUUAUGAGCCAAAUUACGUUAUGUGGAGUUCAUUUUUACACUCCUGCAAUAGUUAUGGUGAAGUAGAGCUGGGAAGGGAGGCUGCAUAUCAACUUUUCAAGAUGGAACCAUGGAAUGCUGCCUCAUACAUAAUGCUGGCAAAUAUAUAUGCAAAAGCUGGUUUAUGGAAUGAAGUGACGGAAGUAAGGAAAUUGAUGCAACAAAAGGGAGUAAGAAAGAGUGCAGGGUGGAGUUGGGUAGAGGUAGAUAAGGAGCUUCAUGUUUUCUCAGUGGGUGAUGCAACUCACCCUGAAUCCCAAAAGAUCUAUGAAGGACUGGAAAAGUUGAAUUUCGAAAUGAAAGAAGCUGGGUAUAUUCAGAAACAGCUAUAUGAGCCAGAGGGUAUCAUUUAUUGUCAACUUUGAUCGUUCAUGCCACUCGACAAUGGAAGAGCGAGAAACUCAAGGUUGUCUCUGCAGUUCCACCGUACUUUUUUUAGACUGGAAAUUUGAAGGUACAAGUGUUCUCUGCCAUAAUUGGACUUGUUCACUUCAUUCCAAGCUGAAUUGAUAUGAGAAAUGAUUAUGCUGUUGUCCCCCGUGCAGAAUGGAGUUUCGAUACCUCCAGAUAUGGUCCAUACUUACCAAUACCAUUGUCAACAGUUGGAACCGAUGCACUUCAUUUGUAGCAAUCCUCCAUUGAUGGGGCUGUAGGAUGUUUUUUCACCCAAUUGACUAUACUUGAAUCCACAAAAGCAGUUGAAUUGAGCUCCAUAGCCGUCUAGGAAUGAUGCAUUCGAGCAUUAGGUGCUCAAUAGUUUCAACUUGGGACUGUCAGGCAUCAUCUGCCAAAUGAAGAAUGGGGCUCAAUCUGGCCCAAGUAGGCAGAAUUUGAGAAAUCACUUUCCACAAAAGUAGCUGUAAUCUGGCAUUCACCUUUAGUUUCCACAAUCGACUUGAGUCUUCCGCAACCAGGUCUAGAGAACAUAAGAGACCUGACCGGGGCUGAUAAAUCCAGGUGCUGCAAAGAAGAGUCCAACCAGAUUUUUGUUUCAUUGCCACUCUUAAUAUGCCUACAAAGGCCUUGUUGUAACAGUCUAGUCUUAACGAGAUUCUUCCAAAACCAAAAGUCAGUGCUCUUUGAACUUUGAUUCAACCUCUAGAAAAGUGCCAAAUCGAGGAUGGGAGAUAUUCUUGCUUGCUGGAUGCGCUUGUUUGUUUGAAAAUUGCCAAACCUCUCUAAAGGUCAAACCAUUUCUUUAGUAAUCAAGCUUGCUUGAUUUGACUAAAUUUUUUCAAUGUGUCUUGGAGGGUAUCAUAUUAAUUGAAACCUUAUACUGAUAUGCCAUGAUGGUUUGCUUUGUUCAAUGUUAUUCUCUCUUCUUGAUGUGUGGGAACUCAUGAUUUUGCAUACAGCUUUUGUGCUCCUGGCUCCUGCACGUGGUUCCUGUUCUCUAUGACAAGUAUACGUACCAGAUGGACUCAUUUGCUGAAGAAAGCUAUGGCUGAGAUCAAAGUAGUCUGCAGUCUUUUAUGCAAAGGUUCUCAGCAAAGAUUCUCAGGGGACCAUUGAAGGACAAGAAGAAGGUAUAUAUUGGCCUAUAUGGUAGUUGGGCCUAUGUGAAUGAUUUGUGAUCACUUAAUUAGUUGGAUACCAAACAGUGGAAGAUGAGCUCGUCCUUGAGUAAAUGGAUUGUUUAGCAGAUGCUUCUA